CCAGUUGAUUGGACCAUGGGUGGUCUUCUGAUACAUGGUAGACCCAUUAGAUUCCCUCUCCUAGGAUUUGGAAAUUGGAUCAAAAAUUUCAAUUUGUCCUAGGCUAAUCUCUGAAUAGAAAGGUGUAAACAUGGAGAAGCGAUGGGUAUUUCUCUUUGCUCUUUUAACCAGUGGCCACGAAAGGUGGAAGGUGCAGAGGAGACCCCUGCAAACACCUUGAGGAGCAGAAAGGAGAAGUGAGAGCCUGAUGGCUUUCUUGAUUCUGAUUCCAGGCCUUUUCUGAGGCCUGGCUGCAUCUGGUUGUUUAAAUUCCAUCAACCACUUUCAUAUCUUAGAAUAAAUUUUAUCACUUCUAAAAAAAUAAGUUUUUGUCUCUAUUUCACGUGUGAAGAAAACUGAGGUUCAGGGAAGUCAAUCUCAUGGCAAAUAUUGAUGGCAGUGUUUCUGAACUCUUGAUCAGGACUCCAGCAAACCGAGUCAAAUUAGAAUCAAAAACAAAAAGGGGGUUUUUUGACUCACUUGUCUGGGCAUUCCAAGGUAUGACAAAUCAAGGAUUUGAUCAGAAUCAUUUGAUCAAACUUCACUCUUCCUUGUCAGCUCUUGGCUCUGUUUGUUUCUAUAUGGCUUUGUUCUCAGAAGAGUGAUCUCUGUGUGUGGGGUAAGGUGGCCACUGGCAGCCCAAAGCAGCAACGUUGUAACUUUUGACCCGUGAUAAAGGGCAGAGUAACCUCAGUCUCCAAGCAUUGCCUAAAAGAAGGGCUCUCGUUGGUCAGCCUAGAUCACAUGCUGGAGUGUGGCUGACAGGGCCCCCUUGAUUGCCAUCUCCCCCUGUAUUGGGCAAUUGGGGUUGUGUUACUGAAACAAGGGAGAAGAGAUGCUGAGCAGACCAAAGCAAUCUUAUUCAGCAGAUUUGACAUUUGCUGUUUUUUUCUACCUGAGUAGAAGUGACAGAUGAUGCUCACAUGUGUGACAGACUCCCAUAUGCAGUUUUUCUCCUCCAGCUGUUAGUUAUCUCCUCUCCCUCCCACUUGAGAAAAUCAAUCUGGAUACAGAUGAUUGGUCAUGAGCUCAUUAUUCAGAUAACCUUAAAUCUACUCUAACUAAUUAGAAAAGGCAGUGCUUUACAAAUGUGAACACUUCCACCAUUAGUAGUAACAAGUAUGACACAUCUUACAGCUGCUUGGGGCACAGAUCCUGAGGUGGAAACCCUUGCUUUUGGAUGGAUAUUAUGAGGAUAAUUAUAUCAACACCUUUUAGGAUAUAAGCCUACCUAUUCAAAACACGUUUGAGCGCCUCCCAACAGCCAGGCUCUGUUGUAGGCACUGGGGUUCCAGCUAUGAACAAGACCGAAAAAGUCCCUGUCUUCAUAUGAAGCUCAAGUUUCUAAUGGUGGAGGGAGAUGGACAUAAACUUAGGAACAAAUAAAAAGAAUUUCAGCUAUUGAGUGCGAUAAAGAAAAUAAAACAGGGUAUUGGACCUGUCGUUGUCAGUAUGGUGGCCACUAGCUGUGUGUGGCUAUUUAAAGUUAAAUGAAAAUUUAUUAAAAUGAAAUCAAGUUAAAAGUCAGUUCUUCAAUCAUAUCUGUGACAUUUCAUCCUCCAUAACCACAGGUGGCUGAUGGCUGAUGGCUAUUGUAUUAGACAGUGCAGAUAUAGAACAUGUCCAUCAUUGCACAAUUGACUGGAAAGAUCUAGCCAGAGGUGUUUAGGGAAGGCCUUCCUGUGAAGCUGGCAUUUAUGCUUUGACAUAAAGCCACCCAUGCAGACGUCUUGGGAAAUGGCAUUCCAGGCAGGGAGAACAAUAAAUGCAAAGACUCUGAGAUUCAAAGAUUUCAUCUGAGAUGAAAGUGACCUUGGCCUAUUUGAAGAUCCAGAGAUGGCCAGUGUGCCUGAUUGAGUUGGAAGUCAGGGAAAGAGCUAGAUCAAGUGUGACCUUGAGUUUUAUUACGGACCAAGAGGAAGCCAUUGCUUAUGCAAGGUAAUGGCAGCUUUAUUUGAUUUCUAAGGAAUCAUUCUGGCUGCAGGUGGAGACAGGGGUGGCAAGGUUAGAAGCAGCUCAUAGAAGGCCUUCAGACAUCAUUUGAUGAAUGAAAAAACCGAUGGAAGACCCAGCCAGGUUGAGGUGUCCAUUAGUCCGACAUAUCCUUGCUAGGGCUUGUUGGGCCCUGAUGGAGCCCACAGAGGGGUUCCUAGGUGCCUCGAGAGGUCCCCUAUUGUAGUAUUAGACUGAACUGUCAGCCAGAUAAGCCCCAGAGGAGCCUGGGCCCUCAGACCCUGUGCAGUUCCCCCAACAGUCCCCCUGUCUCUCUAGGCCAGAGCUUGGCUCACCAUUGUCUGCCCUCAGCCCCUCCAAGCUCCCGCCAUGUCUUGGGGGCCACUGCAGGGCAUUGCUGCAGUGGGAUAGUCAUCCCUUCAUAUUCCUUCAUUAAUUUUUACUGAACACUUAUUGUGUGCCAGGUAUUUUAUUAGGUGCUGGGAUUACAGUGGCGCAAGAAGAAAUAGCUAUGGUCCCUGCAAACAUAUAUCUUGCACUGUUGAGUGGAGGCUGCAUCAACCAAAUAAUCACUCAGAUAAGUGUGUGAUGACUCUGGGAUAAGUGUUUUGCACAUGAGAGGCCCGUGAGACCUUGAGAGCGCCCGCUAGGGAUGUCCCCAGUCGGGGAGGUCAGGGGCAGCUGCCCUGAGGAUGGGAUAAUUGAGCUGGAUUUAUGGAGGAAUGAAGAUUAUGUGAGUGGCAGCUGGACAAAGUGUUCUGAACAGCAGGAGCAGCAUGGGCAGAUGAUCAUGGAGUAAUGAGGGGACUAACAGAGGCCAGUGAGGCUGAGUGGAGGGAACAGAGGCAAGGUGGGUAUUGAGGGACUAACUGGGAAGCCCACCACUGGUAAAUGGGAGAUGAUGGUGUUCUCGCCUUGCCUUUUCAAGCAUUUCUCUCUGCCCUCUGUCUGCCAGCCAGCUCCCCUCCAAUAAUGACUGCUAUUCUUUGUCGAAAGCCUGUUAGGUAGGACCAUAUGAAAUUACCAAUAUACAACCAUUUUUGACCUACAAAAAAGGCAGCUUUAUACAGCUCAACUUAAUACUGCGAGUCAGGUGCUGCACUGAGUGUUUUGGGUUUUUUUUUUACCCUUAUCUGUUUAUUCCUCACAAUUCCACUGUAGUAUGGGUAGUUGUGAUCCCAUUUUAUAGAUGAAGGAACUGAGAGAUUGUAGCUAAGCAGCAGAGGUGGGAUUUGAACCCAGCAUGGAGUUAAACCCUCUACUCCAAGGCUCUUAAAAUUAAGUGGCCAGCUAGACCUGCAGAAAACUGCCGUCCAAGGCCUGCGUAAGUGACUUGUUAAGUAGGCCAUUAGUGCUCAUGUUUGAGUAUUCUCAGAGGCCAGAGAUUCCAGAUGGCUGGGAGAGGGUUAUUCAUUAUCUGUUUUUUUUAAAGGAACUGUGACACUUGGGGAAUUAUAAAUGAGAUAAUGUAACAUUAAUACCUAGAAAUAUUCUGGAACAGAUCAUUAAAAAAUCAAUUUUCACAUAUGAGGAGAAAAUGAGAUGCUUGAGUAGUAACCAAACAGCGCUAGAUCUUUGGAGUGGGGCACGGAUGAGUAGCCAUCUAUGUCACUUCCCCACAGGAUACACAUGCACUUGGACUUUGGUAUUCGCUUGGCUCAUUUGGAACUAAUAUUCCUACUAAUUUUUAUUUUUUAAUCUAAGUUGUAAAAAGCUGGCCUCCAUCCCAGAGCAGGGAAAGGGGAAAAAAUAAGGAAAAGAGGAGAGAACUAAAACCUAUUAAGAGCUUCCUCUGGGCACUGUGCCUAUUGCUUUUGCCUAUUUUAUCCCAUUCAAUCCUCAGAAAGACCUGAAGAGGUAGGCGUCACCAUUCUCUUUUCACAGAGAGAGAAACUGUGUCACAGAGAUGUUAGGGAGUCCUUGGGAAGAAGCAUGGUUUCAGCCCUGGGUCUUGGGCUCCAAAGCCCCUCCUCUUGUCACCAUAGCCAGCUAGUUUCUUGCUUCAUGAGUUGAAUGCAGGGUGAAAUCCAGGCAGAGGGAGACACCGGGAAGGGAAGUAGGAGUCCCACUCAGAUGCCGCCCCCGGCUUGGAACUAACUUCUGGGGAGGGAAUGGGAAGGCCUUUCCCAGCUGGUGGUGAAACAUGAAAAUGUUUCUCUAAGUGGUACAGACGAGGAGUGUUGUAUCCUUUCAUUCAUCCCACCUCCCAGCAGAGGACCUCCGUGCUCUGUGCUUGGUGCUGGGGAAGUGGAGGUGAUAGACAUGGGGUGUCGUUGGGAAAGAUGGAUGCCCCUGAAAUCCAGGUGUGCAUGGGUGCCUGCCUGCCCCUGGGGGGCUUACCACCCAAAACAAACCUUCCACGGGUUUCCAGGGAGUGAUUACCACGAAGGAAAGGGCCACAGAACCUCCUGUUUUCUUGAACGGGGAGAGGAGGUCAGAGGAGGCAGGGUAACUGGUAAGGAGAAAGGCUUUGGCGGGGGUGGGAGGACCCUGGACCUUGCAGGUGGGUUUGAGCCCUUAACCAUGCUGCCCUUUACUGAGUUCUUGCCUGUGCCGGAUGCUGGGAGGAAACGGACGUGCAAUUGUGAAGAAGUUCAUAGUUGCUUCACUUUACACCUGAGGAACUGGAGGCACAUAAAGAUCAGGUAGAGGAAGAAGGGUGAUGACUGGGCCGAUGGGAUGGAGGUUGGGUAGAGAUUGAAGCCAGUAAUAGGGCCAGGUGGGGAGGUACACAAGGACAAGGACCCACCUAGGCUGGAGACAGGCAUCCAGGUCGGGCCUGGGGUGCUGAGGCGGGUCCUCCUGAGAGGUUCCUGGAGAUCCUUCAUCAUCAGGAUGUGAUGAGUGCACUAGUCAGGACUCCGUGCCUGCAAGUAGCAGAAACCCACUCAAGUUAGCUUAGGCCUAAUGCAGAGUUUAUUAUAAAGACCGAGGGGCGAGCCUGCCUCAGGCAAUCGGGGGCACUGGUUCAGCCUGCCUGAAAGCGUUGGAGACUGGGGCAAAGGCCCUAAGUGGGAACAAGCUUAUUGUUGCAAGAGAACAGUGAGGCUUGAGCAGCGUGAGACUGGUCAGUGGAGGAGGUCAGGUGGGCAGGGUGUGCAGCAGCUGGACCACAGAGCCUUUCAAAGGCUGGGGAAGGAUUUGUUCUGAAGGUGGCAGGAAACCACUGGAGGGUGACACAGUUCAGUUCACAUUCCUAAACAAUCACUGGCUGCUGCCUGGAUGAAUGGCAGGAGAUGAGGAGACGCCUGGGAGCCACACUGACAGGCUGCAGCCACAGUCCACUGAGAGGAUACAGUCACUGUGAUGGACAGUUUUAUGUGUCAACCUGGCUAGGCUGUAGUGCCCAGUUGUUUGGUCAAACGCCAGUUUCGAUAUUGCUUUGAAGGUAUUUUUUUAGAUGUGAUUAAAAUUUGCAAUCAACAGACGUUGAAUAAGGCAGAUCACCUUCCAUAAUGAGGGGGCGCCUCAUCCAAUCAGCUGAAGGCUUUAAGAGCAAAGACAGAUUUCCUGAGGAAGAAGCAGUUCUGCCUCAAGAUUGCAAGAUGAAAACCCUUCCUGAGUUUCCAGCCUGCCUGGCCUGCCCUUCAGAAUUUGGACUCAAGACUACGUAUGAAUACUUCAAUGCCGUGCUGAUAAACGAAAGGGACAAAGAUGGGAAUUUUUUGGAGCUGGGGAAGGAAUUCAUCUUAGCCCCAAAUGACCAUUUUAAUAAUUUGCCUGUGAACAUCAGUCUGAGUGACGUCCAAGUGCCAACGAACAUGUACAACAAAGACCCAGCAAUUGUCAAUGGGGUUUAUUGGUCCGAAUCUCUAAACAAAGUCUUUGUAGAUAAUUUUGACCGUGACCCGUCUCUCAUCUGGCAGUACUUUGGAAGUGCAAAGGGCUUUUUUAGGCAGUAUCCAGGGAUUAAAUGGGAACCAGAUGAGAAUGGAGUCAUUGCCUUUGACUGCAGGAACCGAAAAUGGUACAUCCAGGCAGCAACUUCUCCGAAAGACGUGGUCAUUUUAGUUGACGUCAGUGGCAGCAUGAAAGGGCUCCGUCUGACGAUUGCAAAGCAAACGGUCUCAUCUAUUUUGGAUACGCUGGGGGAUGACGACUUCUUCAACAUAAUUGCUUAUAACGAGGAGCUUCACUAUGUGGAACCUUGCCUGAAUGGAACGUUGGUGCAAGCCGACAGGACAAACAAGGAGCAUUUCAGGGAGCAUCUGGACAAACUUUUUGCCAAAGGAAUCGGAAUGCUGGAUAUAGCUCUGAAUGAGGCCUUCAACAUUCUCAGUGAUUUCAACCACACAGGACAAGGAAGCAUCUGCAUCCAGGCCAUCAUGCUCAUUACCGAUGGGGCAGUGGACACCUAUGAUACUAUCUUUGCGAAAUACAAUUGGCCAGAUCGAAAGGUUCGCAUCUUCACGUACCUCAUUGGACGAGAGGCUGCUUUUGCAGACAAUCUCAAGUGGAUGGCCUGUGCCAACAAAGGAUUUUUCACCCAGAUCUCCACCUUGGCUGAUGUGCAGGAAAAUGUCAUGGAAUACCUCCACGUGCUCAGCCGGCCCAAAGUCAUUGACCAAGAGCACGACGUGGUGUGGACAGAAGCUUACAUUGACAGCACUCUCCCUCAGGCACAAAAGCUUGCUGAUGAUCAGGGCCUUGUCCUCAUGACCACGGUCGCCAUGCCCGUGUUUAGUAAGCAGAAUGAAACCAGAUCAAAAGGCAUUCUUCUGGGCGUGGUUGGCACAGAUGUCCCAGUGAAAGAACUUCUGAAGACCAUUCCCAAAUACAAGUUAGGGAUUCACGGUUAUGCCUUUGCAAUCACAAAUAAUGGAUAUAUCCUGACGCAUCCAGAACUCAGACCACUGUACGAAGAAGGAAAAAAGCGAAGGAAACCCAACUAUAGCAGCGUUGACCUCUCUGAGGUGGAGUGGGAAGACCGAGAUGACGUGUUGAGAAAUGCCAUGGUGAAUCGAAAGACUGGGAAGUUUUCCAUGGAGGUGAAGAAGACAGUGGACAAAGGGAAACGGGUUUUGGUGAUGACAAAUGACUACUAUUAUACAGACAUCAAGGGUACUCCUUUCAGUUUAGGUGUGGCACUCUCCAGAGGCCAUGGGAAAUAUUUCUUCCGAGGGAAUGUAACCAUUGAAGAAGGCCUACAUGACUUAGAGCAUCCUGAUGUGUCCUUGGCAGACGAAUGGUCCUACUGCAACACUGACCUACACCCAGAGCACCGUCAUCUGUCUCAGUUAGAAGCUAUUAAGCUCUACCUCAAAGGCAAAGAACCUCUGCUGCAGUGUGAUAAAGAAUUGAUACAGGAAGUCCUUUUCGAUGCCGUAGUGAGUGCCCCCAUCGAAGCAUACUGGACCAGCCUUGCCCUCAACAAAUCUGAGAAUUCUGACAAGGGCGUAGAGGUUGCCUUCCUCGGCACUCGCACGGGCCUCUCGAGAAUCAACCUGUUUGUUGGGGCUGAGCAGCUCACCAAUCAGGACUUUCUGAAAGCUGGAGACAAGGAGAACAUUUUUAAUGCAGACCAUUUCCCUCUCUGGUACCGAAGAGCCGCUGAGCAGAUUCCAGGAAGCUUCGUCUAUUCGAUUCCGUUCAGCACAGGAACAGUCAACAAAAGCAAUGUGGUGACAGCGAGUACCUCCAUACAGCUCCUGGAUGAGCGGAAAUCUCCUGUGGUGGCAGCUGUAGGCAUUCAGAUGAAACUUGAAUUUUUCCAAAGGAAGUUCUGGACUGCCAGCAGACAGUGCGCCUCUCUGGAUGGCAAAUGCUCCAUCAGCUGCGAUGACGAGACUGUGAACUGUUACCUCAUAGACAAUAAUGGAUUUAUUCUGGUAUCGGAAGACUACACACAGACUGGAGACUUUUUUGGUGAGGUCGAGGGAGCUGUGAUGAACAAAUUGUUAACAAUGGGCUCCUUUAAAAGGAUUACCCUUUAUGACUAUCAAGCCAUGUGCAGGGCCAACAAGGAGAGCAGCGAUGGUGCCUAUGGUCUGCUGGAUCCUUAUAAUGCCUUCCUUGCUGCAGUAAAAUGGAUAAUGACAGAACUUGUCUUGUUCCUGGUGGAAUUUAACCUCUGCAGUUGGUGGCACUCAGAUAUAACAGCUAAAGCCCAGAAAUUGAAGCAGACCUUGGAGCCUUGUGAUACUGAAUAUCCAGCGUUUGUCUCUGAGCGCACCAUCAAGGAAACCUCAGGGAACAUUGCUUGCGAAGACUGCUCCAAGUCCUUUGUCAUCCAGCAAAUCCCAAGCAGCAAUCUGUUCAUGGUGGUGGUGGACAGCAGCUGCCUCUGUGAGUCCAUAGCCCCCAUCACCAUGGCGCCCAUUGAAAUCAGGUAUAACGAAUCCCUUAAGUGUGAACGCUUAAAGGCCCAGAAGAUCAGAAGGCGUCCGGAGUCUUGUCAUGGCUUCCAUCCUGAGGAAAACGCAAGAGAGUGUGGAGGUGCACCGGGCAUCCAAGCCAAGAUGGUCCUUAUCCUGUUCCCUCUGCUUUUGAUGCUCUUCUCAAGGUGACACUGACUGAGAUGUUCUCUUGGCAUGCUAAAUUAUGGAUAAACUGUGAACCAAAAUAUGGUGCGACAUAGAAGUCAUGAAAUAUAGUCCAACCAUCAGCGUCUCAUGAUUUUAAACUGUGCGUAAUAUAAACUCUUAAAGAUAUGUUGACAAAAAAGUUAUCUUUUUACUUUGCCAGUCAUGCAAAUGUGAGUUUGCUCCAUGGUAAUCACCGUUCAUCAGAAUCGGGACUGCAAGUGGGCAGUGUCCCUUCUGCUUGAAACCCAUUGAAAACAAUUUAAAACUGUGUACUUUUUAAAUAAAGUAUAUUAAAAUCAUAA